UGCACAUACAUACCCAUUCAUGGAUACUUCAUUUUAUAUGUAUACAAACUACAGGGAGAGAGAGAUAGUGAAAGAAUAGGUGGUGGGUCUGUUUUGUUUUAAAAGCUGCUGCUCCCUUCUGCUUCUGCUGCAAUUGGGUUUGUCCAAUACCAUGGAUCUUGGGCAUUUUUGUAGUGGCAAUAGUUCCAUCUUUCACUUUAACAUUUCUUCUUUUUCCUCCUCAAUUUCUUGUAGUAGGAAUGGAAUUAGUGAUUGUGGUUGCUUCAAUUCAUCACUAGCUGCCUUGUUGUCUUUUUCUUGUUUGUCUUGUAAGGCUUCAAUUUCUGUCCCAAAUUAUACUCCUCUGCCUUGUUCUGAUUCUAUUCUCAUCAAUUCUUCACCGUCACCUUGAGGGAAAAGACAGCCAGUUGUAAACCCUAUAGAGCUCCUAUUUGUCUUGUUGUCUACUGCUUUUUUGAAAGCAUUUUUGCUUUUUUUUUUGUUUGCUAGUAGAUAGUCUAAUUUCAUCGCCCUUUUCUCUCUUUUUUUUUCUGUAAAGAUUGGAACUUUUAGGCAUCUCUUUGCAAGAAUGAUGUCUGUUUCAUUGCCUGGGUUGAUUCAUCGACCAAUUGUGAUGGGCUCUCCAGAGAACUCCAGCAGGUAUGAUUUGGAUGGUCGUGUUGGAUGUUGGAUUGGGAAUGAGAAUGUGAAGUUGAACAAACAAGCUGCUAAGGCACCCAAGAAGGCAAGGUUGAGAGUUUCGCCUUUCGCUGCAUCAGGUCUCACCCAAACCCAAAAUCCAUCUAGUGCCCACUUUUAUCAGGAGCUGUUAAGAGAUGCUAGGGACAAAUUUACUCGGGAGAUAUCUUGCCAGUUGAAGGACAAAGAUAUAUCACUAGCAAAGGCUUUGCUUUAUGUUGGUGCUGAAGAUGAGGCAUUUAUGGCUUUCAAUCGAGAGAAGGAUUCUUAUUCUCUCCAAAGUGAAAGAAGAACUGGUCCGUUACCAUCUGAUGCUCCGGAUUGGAAGCAUGUGGAAUCGAUGCCUCUAGCGGGAAAAAGUAUGAAAAAUUGGCUGGAGGAGUUGGAUGCUAUUGCAAGGGAGGUUGAGGCGGAGCUAGUUUCAAGAGAAAUAGGAUGUGAUUUGGUCGAGGUUUUGGAUGCAGUGAACGUUGUUCUUUUCAACUCGAGAGGUUUCAAAAGGUCGCAUGUAUUGGUAGAUUCAAAGUGCUCAUACCUGCACUCGGUGUUAUGCUUUGGAUCUUGUAGUGCAAUUUUGCUUAGUGUAAUUUACAUUGAAGUUUGCCGACGACUUAAUCUGACGAUUGUGGGGUCCCGAGUUGGGGAAGAUUUUUUAAUAUGGCCCCAAACAGGAAACCCUGAGGAGUUAUUCAGGAUUACUUCUGGACACAGUUUAUUUGGUACUGUCAAUGGGAAGUGUGUGGAGGACCCCCGAUCAAAGGCCUCAGACAUCAACAGCCAUUCACUUCCCGGGCUUGAGAUCGCAACAAACCGGGAUAUCAUUGGGAUUGCUUUGGCCAAUUUGAUUAGGCUUCACUGGAAACGUGCUUCAAGAGCAAACCACGGAUUGAUGCUUACUUCUCCGCUUAGAUCUGUUCAUAUUAGUGAUGAGAAAUCUAGCAAGAUUGAUGCCUCAAAUGUCCCCUUGUUACGGCCUCAGGAUUUGAGGUUCAAGAUGCUAAGUUGCAACAUUGGCAUGAGAAUGGAGAAUUAUGAAUUUCGGAAGCAUAACAUUUUUCUCAAGGAUUUAAAAUUAAAAAAAGACAUGCAUCCCACACUUUUAACAUACUAUAACUAAAAUAACUUCCCCCAACUUAUGGCUCAGUUUUGAUUCUGAAAGUAACCCUUUUCCUUUCUUUAGGCUAUUCAACUAUAAAAUUUGAAACUAAAUAUUUUUUACAUGCUAUAUAUAUAUAUAUAGUUUAUAUAUUUGUACAUAUUUAUAUAUAAAUACACCUAUGCUAUAUUUUGUUAACGUUGAUAUAAUCCGAAACCAUCUCAAAAAUUUUGCUCUAUUAUUUGGUGAGACAGGCAUGGUUAGUUAAUAAAAUGAAUAGUAACAGACUUUUUUGUAGGACUCGUCAAUUUUCUAGUGGUGUGCUUGAACUUUCCUGCUUCUUUCCCUCUUUCCCCAAAGCCUACAAGAACCCCUCUUAAGAAUAGGUGUGCCUGCAUUAAGUGUUAAUUUUCUUAGUAUGAAAAUGGUGAAAUAUGUUUAUCUUUAACUAAAUAUUUCCGUGUCAUUAUUCAUACAGGCAAAUCUAAAGGAUAAUUUUCCUUUUUUUUUUUUGGGUGUCAUUGUGAAAGAAAUUUGUUGAGAAUGAUAACGUCUGGUCUUCAUUGGAACUAUUCUGUUAGUCCUUCAAUGGAAUUUCAGCUGUUCAAUUCUUGUACAAGCCUCUGUCUUUCUCGACAAAACAAUUUCUCCCUCCCCAGACAUAAAUUGCAUGCUUGUUUUCUGUCUUUGCACUAAUAGUGUUUUGCAUUUAGAUUUAUUCAUCUGUUCAGAUAUAGAUUACAAUCGAGCAGGCUUUGAUGUUCAAAACUUGAAGUUCCCAUAACAUUACUUGUAUAUACAUGUGCAUUGGGCUUUUAUCUAACAAGCAGGAGAUAUUUGAUUACUUUAUUUGACUAUUGUCUGAUCUGCAGCCUGAACUGCUAGUUAGUUUAUAUGUAACGCUAAUCUAUGGUACCGGAUUGCCUUGAUUGUUUGAUAAUAUCCACGGACCACGGGUGUUCUGACUAUUAAGACUCUUCGAGUCAGAUUAUGAUUCCCUAUUCUAGGCUUCCUGUGAUUCCCCUAUUCUUAGUCUCCCUGAGAUUCUCUCAUUAUAUAUAUAUAUAUAUCCUUGUGAUCUGUAUCUUUGAACUAUCUCAUUCAAUACAAUUCAUUCAGUUCUCA